CUUGAAUGACAAACACAACGAUUGUGUAAACAGUUGUGAAUUUGAAUUACAAUUUGAAUCCAUCUGUUAUUUGUAUCACUAAUUAUAUGAUUUGUCGAUCACUUAAUUAGAUUUUAUAGUUAAGUGUCUUUGAAUAUGAUUUGUUGAUUGCCAUUGUUUUCGUCAAUUUUAUUAUUUUAUUUAAUUAUCUGAAUUGAUCUGAAUUUAUCAAUGAUUGCCAUAAAAGUGAUAUUAUUAUCGCUGAUUAUUUUGAUUACAAGAACUAUCACCAUAUUAUGUACACCACAUAUACAGCUCAAUAAAGAGCGCAUUGAAGAUGCCUUCGGCGAUCACCUAAGUGACAAAAAUGCUGACAAUCAACACAAUGGCCACCAUUUCGAUCACGAGGCCGUUCUCGGCAGUAAAGAUACCGCCAAAGAGUUUGACCAAAUGAGUGCCGAAGAGUCUAAACGCAGACUUAGGGUAUUAGUAAAGUCAGGAAUGGAUGUAAACGGCGACGGAUUUGUCGACAAACAAGAAUUAAUUGAUUGGAUUCUUAAGUCAUUUAAAACACUCGCCAUUGAAGAUGGAAACGAACGACUGGAAGAAGAAGAUCUUAAUAAGGAUGGAGUCGUCUCAUGGGAUGAACACUUAAAAGAUUCGUUUGAUAUCGAAGAAGAUGUCGACGACAACCAAUUGCUUAAAGACGAAGUUAUGGCUGAAGAUAAAGCUUUAUGGAAAGCAGCGGAUAUUAAUGGGGAUAAUGUAUUGGACUCUACAGAGUUUGCGGCUUUUAAUAGUCCAGAAGAGUUUGAACAAAUGCAUCAAACAAUUUAUGAUCUAAUGAUGACUAAAAGAGAUCGCAAUAAAAAUGGUUUUUUAGAAAUUGAUGAAUUUGUCAGUGAUGUUAACGGAAGACCAUUAGAUCCCAAAUCUGAACAUUAUUUGGUAGAAAAAGAUCGCUUCCAUAAUGAGUACGACUUGGAUCACGACAAUAGACUUAACAAAAAAGAGUGUCUUCUUUGGCUAAUUCCUAAUAACUACGAAAUGUCCGAAAGUGAAGCCAAUCACUUAAUUAGUUUAUCAGAUGAUAAUCGAGAUGAAAGACUAUCUAUUGAUGAGAUUGUUGAUCAUCACGACGUGUUCGUUGGCAGUGAGGUCACAGAUUUUGGACAAAAUCUUGAAAACGUAAGACUUAGCGAUGAACUAUAACUACAGAUUUUUUAUUACCGGUAAUAAUUAAAUGAAAUAAUUUAUUUCAAUAACAAUUUAUAUCAAAAUAUUUUAUUUGUAUUGACCCAAACAAUGUCCGCAAUAACCCGUUUCGACRGUUAAAAAGUCUACCUAUAAGGUUAGGGUUUUGUAAGCUCUCCCCAAUCGGGAGUUAUUGUACACCAAAUUGUUUGUUUGAAUUUUAUUUGUUUUCAUUUAACAAUUACAGUAAUUUAAAGAUCUCAUAAAUUAUUUAUUAGAUUAGUUUAUUUAUAUUUAUUAUAAU